AUGGAUCCCACGCUGCUCAUUGGUGACAUUGUCGAACGAAGCGAAAAGGGAUCGAAACCGGUCGAGUUCCCUUCGGGCCCCAUCUCGUCGACCGGGUUUCCCCAGCACAAGCGACGAUGGAAACCAUCAGCGUUCAAGCAGCAGCGAAAUGGCGGUGCGUCGCAGCCUGGGCAACCACAGGAGCCGAACCAGUCACAGAGCUUUGAAGAGGUCGAGAGAAGGCGAAUAGAUAGAGAAAAUCAGCAAAAGAUCAACGACAUGACGCCUCAAGAGAUAUCGCAGGCGCAGGAAGACAUAAUGAAGGGAUUGAACCCGGCGCUCAUCCAACGUCUGCUUCAAAGAGCCAACAUUGACGAGCCUGAUCCAAAUUCGCCAUUUAAUAUACCUGAACCGCAAGAACCACAAGAACCGAAAGAACCGCAGGAAGCUUCAUCUUCAUCGCCUGUGAUUCCGAAGGUUCGCUUUCAAGACGUGCCAAAAGCAGCCACUGUUGAGGACGAGAGUGCAGACGUCGUCGAACCCAAAUCAGAGCCUAAAUCAACAUCUCCUUCUCCUGCUGCUGCUGCUGCUGCCCAGACAAAGUCAACUAAGAAAAUCGCUGAUAACUACGAUGAAGAUCGGGAGCCAUCUCAAAUCCCGCCAGACCUCUUCCCAAUUACCGACCUUCCGAAAUCAACACACUUCCCUGUCCCCCCGAGCCUCCCGGACCUAGACCCUUCGGAUCCCAAUUUCCUUGCCACGCUGCACGAAAAAUACUUCCCCAAUCUCCCUGCCGAUCCGAGCAAGCUGGCCUGGAUGGCGCCUGUUCCCACCCAAGAUAGUCCCGCCGAUAAAGACUCGCCAUACUAUCCCCAUCCCGAGAUCAGUGUUUCAGCAUUGCGCUUCGAUUUCCGAGGUCGUUUCCUGUCGCCGCGAGUGAGCCGGUCGAUUCCCUCGUCCAAAGGACUGCAUCACCACGGAGAAGCCCCCGAGGCUGCUGGCUACACGAUCACAGAGCUCGCUAGACUGGCAAGAAGCGCUGUGCCGGCGCAGCGCUGCAUAGCCUUUCAAACUCUAGGCCGCAUCUUGUAUCGUCUGGGACGCGGCGAAUGGGGAACGACUCUGAAUCAUCCAAUCGCAAUGGGAAUUUGGAGUGCUGUCAAGGAGGGACGGGUGCUAGAGAGUCUGGCUGAGGCAAGCAUGGGCGAGGGCGGGCACAGGGGCAGCAGGGCGUAUGCCGUGGAAGCCCUCUGGCUGUUUGAGAAGGGUGGAUGGCGCGAGAAGCUGCAAGUGAGGUAG